GUGAACUAUCUGACCAAGCGGCUGGGUGCGAAGAAUGCUGCAGUGCUCUCUACGUGGAUAUGGGAGGGAUGGGAAUGAUUAGGAUUGCCCAACAGUGUCGAGAUCGUAUUGCAGUAGCGAGAGUAUACAUUAGAUUUUUCUUUUAAAAUGAAAUGCGUGUUGUAUUUGAAUCGUUCCGGUAGGAAUUAUGGAUGUGAUUUUUGGAAUCACUUGCAGCAUAGGAUUAUCGAAUGAUUAUCGCGAUCCAUAUUUCUGCAAAUCACGCUCUGCUUAAAGCCGCCACGGUCCAAGCAGUUCUCUGCAGAAACACAAAACAUCGGUGCACCUUUAAGGGAAAGCUAGGAUCGACUGCUGCCUGUGCUUUUAUUAUUAUUAUUUGUAUCAUAAAUCAUCUCAUGCUUGCCCUGCAGAACUGAACAGAACAUGUUUUCAUUGCGGAUCGUCACGGCGGAUUAUUACAUGAGCAGUCCGAUCAGAGAUCUGGACGUCUGUUACUCUGAGUUCAGAGAGAGCGAUGUCAAGAAAGUGCCCGUGGUGCGGAUCUUUGGGGCCACACCAGCAGGCCAGAAGACAUGUCUUCAUCUGCAUGGUGUGUUCCCAUACAUCUAUGUGCCGUAUGAUGGGUUUGGACAGGAUGCAGACCGUUACCUUCGGCAGUUGGCCUACAGUAUCGACAGAGCUCUGAAUGUCAGCAUGGGAAACCCCUCUUCUAAUGUGCAGCACAUCUUUAAAGUGGUUCUGGUGUCUGGCAUGCCUUUCUAUGGAUACCAUAUGAAGGAAAAAAUCUUUAUGAAGAUUUACCUGUACAACCCACAGAUGGUCAAAAGUACUGUAGGAGAGCAUAUGUCAAAUAGAGGGGGUAGCUCCAGCCCAUAUAAGUAUCCCUGCACGUCUAAACUCAGUGAUGGCGGGCUGAGUGAUACAAUGCGCUGGGAGGAUGACAACAUACCAAGUUCUCUGAUUUUAGAGGAGGUGGAACGGAUGAGUGUGUGUGAGCUGGAGGUUGAUGCCGUGGCUGCUGAUGUUCUCAACCGCCUAGAGAUUGAGAAUCAGAUUGGGAGAAACCCUGGUCUUCAGGCCAUCUGGGAGGAUGAGAAACAGCGACGACAGGAGAGAUGUCAAAGUUCUCAUAUUGACAUGCCUGAAUCACAAGAUCGAGGCUUUGUAGAGUUUGCAGAGAGUGAAAAAAUCUUCAUGAAGAGAUUCAAAGAAAUUCUCAAGGAAAAUGAAUUUGACAUGACUCAAACUGGGUCUGAAGUUGACUCUUUCCCUGAGCUCUCACUCUAUCCUACUGUGCUGAGCCCAGAUGACUUGCCUUGCAUACCUGCCAGCCAAGUGAAUGUGCAUCAAUAUGCAUUUAAAGACGCAAAAAGGCAUGGUGGGAAAGAUGUUGAAGUGGCAGUUGUUGAUGAAGAGGCCAUUUUGAGUUUGUUGGAGAACAGUCAGACCUUCCUCCCUCAUUCUCAGGGACCCAACCAAUCAGCAAUACUUGACGCAAAAAGGCAUGGUGGGAAAGAUGUUGAAGUGGCAGUUGUUGAUGAAGAGGCCAUUUUGAGUUUGUUGGAGAACAGUCAGACCUUCCUCCCUCAUUCUCAGGGACCCAACCAAUCAGCAAUACUUGACAGCAGUCAAGACCAGGCUAUGGUUGAUGUAUUUGAAGCAUUGGCUGAUGAUGGAUUUAGAGCCGACAGGUCCAGAGCAGUGUCCCAGCAGCUGUCAGGGAUUUCUAGCUGCGUCUGUAACAGUGAUGAUGAGGAAGCUGGGCCUGAGCUGGAGAAAGAGGAGUCAGAGCUCAGUAGAAUCAUGUCCCAAAGAUGGGACUGUGACAUGCCAGGACCUUCUGCUGGGCAAAGGUCACCAGAUUUCCCAUUAUGUAUGAAAGAAGCAAACGAAAGCUCCAGUGAAGAGCAGCAGGCCUCAUCAGAUGAAGAUAUAUAUUGGAAGGGAAACAGUGCUGCUCUUACUGAUCUGUCCAUUCCACAGUUGGAUGGAGCUGCAGAUGAGAAUAGCGAUUCAUCACUAACAGACAAGGAAUCCCGGACACGCUCAUCUCUAAAAGCAACAGACAAGAUCCUUGGUAGCAGAAAUGUUUUUCCAAAUGAAGCUGUUCGUAUGGAGCCACCAUCUUCUGCUAAAAUUGUUAUUGAAUACCACUGUGCUGAGCAGAAACUCAAUCAAGAGGAUUUAGCAGAAAAGCAUUUAAAAAGUGAAGAGGCAAAUGAAUUUUCAACUGGAUUAAGAGUUAACAAAGAGGUGCCAUAUUUUCCACCAGUUAAACACCCAAUUCCUUUUAAGACCGCAAAUAUACCUAAACUUGGUGCUGAAAAAAUAGGUGUGCACUCUUUGUACACUGAUGAAAACCAAGCCACUGGCCUUAAUCAGCCAGAUCCUGAUGAUUCAAUUUUUGGAAACUCUAAGCUUGCCCAGAGCAUAAAAAAUUCUACCAGUAUUAAAAAUGUGGAAAAGAACCAUUUAUCCAUCCCCGAGAAUCACAAGAGCUUCUUUGUAUGUUACUCUGAGCUUAUGAACUGUCCCACCAAGACUGAAAUGCAACUCAAUCCAAAUGACUGCAGAAGACCAGUGAUAAGUUUUGACCAGACACAAAGCCCUAUGGAAGAGAGCCAAGCUUUGGGCCCUCAAGAAGAUGAAACGGGACGGGAUAAAAAAGAGGAAGAUGUCAGCAAACUGAAAAUAAGAUAUGAGGAUUAUCAAGAGAAUAAAACUGAGAGGACCAUUGUGGCACAACAGGAGGCACACUACAAAUUUUUCCCAAGCGUUAUUCUGUCUAAUUGCCUGUCCAGACCCAUCAAGAAACCGACUGGGAAUGGUUGCUCUACCUUAGACCAUCCUGAACAGCGAAGGUCAAGGUUAAAGUUGAUCAAAAAGAAAACAACGUUGGGUCAAAAAAGGGAAAGUCCUGUGAGGACCCCUUCUCCUAUGAAAGAGGAAGCCACAGCACUUCUUUCCAACGCUCUAGGCUCUCUUAACCAGAAAGAAAUGUAUAAGGAGGUUGACAUGGAAACGUCAGAUCCACCAACCAUUGAAGGUUUGAUUAAGAACUCAGUAGAGGAUAAACUUGCAGAUAUUCCUUCCAAAAUCUCUUGCACCAAGGUGUCCAGUUUACCAGGUAGCAAAUAUACCUUGCGGGCAAAAAGGAAAAUGAGUUACAACAGUGAAAAUGGAGAUCAGGCAAGUUCAGGUUCUUUCAAACAAGCUUUGGUGCAACAUGAAGGCCUUAAGGGCAAAGAUCAUGACUUUAGCCAAAAAAAGAGGAAACUGACAAAAAAAGAGCCACCAAUCAUCAUUAAAUAUAUAAUCAUUAACAGAUUCAAAGGUCAGAAAAACAUGUUAGUGAAGAUUUCUAAAAUUAACGCUGAUGAAACGUGCACCGUUUUAACAUCAGAAAAACUUGCAGAAUACAAAAAGCUUGCUCCUCUCAAAGAAUUCUGGCCCAAAGUACCAGAGUCUACAGCAGUGAAGUACCCGCUACUUGAGCCAAAAGUAAAGAAGUGUCCCAAACGAAAGGCUAAGGUGAACCCAGUGUCAAAGAGGGCCGGCACCUCUCCAAAAUCUAGGUGUCCACGAGCUGGUCAGACUAGGAGGGUGAAGCAUGCAAAAGCACUGAUAACUUUACCGAAAUUACCCCCUCCAUGGCCUUGUUAUAAUGAGUUCACUGAUGACUGCUGUACAGAGUAUUCUGAUGUGAUGGUGGAGUUGGGUUAUUUGUCAGAAAGAGCCUCCAGUCCUACUGAUUCAACCCCACCUAGAUGUUGGUCUCCUACUGAGCCCUUACUGGGAUCAAAUUCAAAUCUAAUAAACCCACAUAAUGAUCCAUGUCUAGGUUCAUCCUAUCAAGUACUAGCUCCAAAACCAUACCAAAGAGGUCUUUGGGAUAGAAGCAGAACACCCAGGUCUAAAAAGACUUCUGCUACCAGCCCAAAAAGACAAGCUAAUACUACAACAGAUUCAGUGACAACUGUGGAUUCACAGAGGAAAGGUAUUCGAGCGGCUUCAAGGAGACAUAAGAAACGUUGUGAAAGUAUUGAAGGAAUUGUUCUGGAAGAUGACACAUCUACCUCUCAGAAAGACAGGAUGCUGAAUGAGAAGCAAGUCCCAAGAAAAAAGCAGGUCCAACGUGAGAAGAGUGAUAAUUCACAGGCUCCACAUUCAGUUAACAAUGCACCUAUUACUUCCUCAUAUGAUGACUUAACUCCUUAUCAACAUCCCAGUUCUCUAAAAAGCAGUCAAGAGGACUUUACUAUCAGUUGUUCAGGCUCUCAAACAGAGGUCACCAGCACUGGAAAAAAAUCUAAUCAAGAUGUUGUUUUUGUCUUCAAUACUAUUGCCUCAAAUGACUCACAGAUUGUCUUCAAUCCCUGUAUUGAAAAAUCUCUAAAUCAUAUUCUUUCCUCAUCCACCAAGAUGGUUGGACAUCCAUGUUCCGUCAUCACAUACAGCAGUUCCAAUUCAAAAUCACAAAAUAUGAGUCAAGAUGGGACUAUCACAAAAAAACUAUAUAAAUUCAAAUCAGAGGUCUCUGGCCAUGGGGAAAACCCCAAAACUAUACAGCAUUUGCAGUCAACCAGAAAAACGAUCAAAAAAUCAAGAAGACCGCAAACAAAAAAGAAAGAUACCAUGACAACUUUAUUGGAGUCUGUCGAUUGUAGAUCCUCCCUUAUGCCCUCUGCUAAGAGUGCAAUUAAAGCUGGAUUUCACACAGGUCUUACAUUGUCCUCAGACCCUAAAAUUGACGAAAUGUGUGUUCCUGAGUUGCCUUCUGGGCUCGCUGUCUUGAAGGAACUUCUCCAGAAGAGGCAGCUCGAGGCAGGACAGGAACCAAAUGAAAACGAUUAUGUGACUCAGGAUAUGUCUUCUACCUGUCAACCUACAGAUAUUCUCAAAACAGCCAAAUCUAAAACCGCUCAUUCAUCAACAUCAAGAAAACCAAGGGGUGCAAGAACUAAAGUGCCAAAAGAGUUACAGUUCAAAAUCAGAAGUAAUAAAAUUAAACAGGAUGAUUUGAGAAUUUACCAUCUUUCAUCAGAUGACAGUCCUGUGUUUUUCUCUGACCCUGGCUUUGACAGCUGUUGCUCUAUUGAUGAUAGCUUGUCCCCAGAGCUCCCAGACAAUUACAGCUUUGAUAUCAAUGCCAUUGGGCAAACAGAGUUUUCCAGUCUUUAUUCUGGUAACCAGUUUGUGUUAACUGAUAGGAACUUGCCUCAGAAGUUCCUCAGUGAUGUCAGUCAGGAGGCAAUCAAUGCCCUUGUUGGGUUAGGCGACAGGACACAAAAGUUGUUUGAUGUUGAUGAGAGCAGCAAGCAUGAACAGGACUUGCAUAAGUCUGGGGCUCUUAGUCCAGAACUGUUUGAUAAGUCAUUUUGUGAAAGUGGCAAAGUUUAUCCCAAUAAGGUAUCUUUUGAUUCAGAAAAGAUUUUUAGCAAAGAUUGGGGGGGCUGUUUAGGUAAAAUCCAUGGCGUCAGCCACUUUCAGGACUUUCAUUGUGAAAAGAAAGAUGUGUUGCUUGACCCAGAGCCCUUUCCCCCCCUUACUUCUGCUUCAUUUGCUUAUAAUGGUGUUUCCCCAAAUAGUGAUCCCCUAGAUGGCAGUUCAGCAACACCAAGCAGUUCCCCACAGUCCAUCAACUCGCUGUACCAGCUGAAAAAUGGAGGUCAGAGUUCAAAAAGUGGGGGAGCUCACAUUCUCAAACCUCUCAUGUCUCCACCUACUCGGGAAGAAAUCUUAGCUACUCUGAUGGCUCUGGACCUCUCAGAAGCCACCUACCAGGAACCAUUCUGCAGUGACCCAUCAGAUGCAACCUUGAAGCCAAGGGAGGUUGGUGGUCGGAAGUUGAUUUUGGAAACCAGGCUGGUGAAUGAACUAGUUGAAUUUCAUGGAGACUUAUCUCAAAACGGCUUACAAUUUUGGAAAAUUGCAUUUUCUGCAAUGACAAAUCAAGCCUCUGCACCAGACAAUUGGUGUAAAUUCUCUAUAUUGACCAAGGACCAAAACCCAUUUUCUGGCAGUGAUCAAAAAGUGAUUAUGCUUCCCUGCAAGUGUGCCCCAAGUCGAGAACAGGUGCAGCUCUGGCUGCAAGCCAAAAAACAGUAUGAGUGCCUUCAGAGUGAUGGGAAACAAAUGGGUGGCCAGACAACUGUGGAACUUGGAACAUAUGACAGGACCUCACCUCAAAAUGAGGACUCUAAUUUACCUUCCUCAGAGAAUCAUGAUAAAAGGUGGAAGAAAAAAGAUGAAAAGUCUUCAGAGUUGCAGAGUAUCAGUAGGAAUGGCUUAAGUUUACCACUCCAUAUUUCACCAGUUAAUGCAGCUUCAUCUAACAGUAGCCCUAAGAGUACAAAAGGCAUCUUGGACAUAGAGACAAACAAAGGUUGUCCGAUCACUCCUCCAAAUUCUCCUGAUCUUUCUACAUUGCAACAAAGGCCUGCUGAGAGUAAACAAGAGGAGAACAUGGAGGAUUUGACUGAUGUAUUACAAUCCCCCGGCUUGAACCUGUCUCAAAAUCUCAAUGACACAUCACUUGAAAAUGUACAGCCAAAGGACCUCUUGAGUCCAUCAGUUUUUCAUGUUAAAAACCUAGAUUCUGAUGUCAAAUGCUCUUACCUGCUCCAUAGCACACCUGUCCACCAGAGAAGCUACAUUGAUGACGAUGGGUCUAGCUACAGUCCAAUAAGAAAUGAAGACAUAGAGCCCAGAUCACAGCGACUACUUCAGAAGGGUAACAAAAACAAAGAUGCUUUACGGAGAGUUUUGCUUACCACACAAAUGAAGAAUCAGCUUACCACUAUGAAUGUUCCGAAGAGAGAAAACUCCCAGAUUGAGGGACCAUCGAUCUGUAAUUCAUAUGGUUUUAAAGUCAGUAUGCAGAACUUGCAGGAGGCCAAAGCAUUGCAUGAGGUACAGCACCUCACAAUGAUAAGCAUGGAGCUUCAUGCAAGGACUCGUCGUGACCUUGAGCCUGACCCUGAAUUUGACCCAAUUUGUGCUUUGUUCUACUGCCUCAGUUCUGAUGUCUCUCUCCCAAAUUCUGACACUACCCAGAUGACAGGUGCCAUUGUCAUUGAUAAAGAUUGUUGUUCUUCAGCUCAAGGAGAUGCAAAAGAAAAUCGGUUCAUGGCAGAGAAAGAUGAAUAUGGUGCAGACACUAUGACGGAAAUCCAUAUUGUUGGACGUGUUGUCCUCAACAUGUGGAGGAUUAUGAAGACUGAGGCUGCAUUGAAUAACUACACUUUUGAGAAUGUGGCUUUCCACCUCCUGCAUCAGCGCUUUCCUCUCUACAGCCAUCGCACACUCUCUGACUGGUUUGACCACAACACACACCUGCACAGGUGGAAAGUGGUGGAUCAUUAUGUGAGCCGUGUGUGUGGCACAGUCCAGUUGCUCCAGCAGCAGGAUAUUAUCGGCAGGACAAGUGAGCUGGCACGCGUGUUUGGAAUCCAGUUCUACCACGUGCUAACUAGGGGGUCACAGGUAAACAUCCAUCUGAAACCUGUCACACAGAUGCACAUCAGCUCAACUCAAAGUCUCUGUGUUCAGUCAUCAGUGCGGAAGGGUGUCCUGCCAAGUAUGCUGGAGGAGAUCUUGAAGACGAGGAUCAUGGUGAAGCAGUCCAUGAAGGCGUACAAACAUGACAAAGCUCUAUUACGCCUGCUGGAUGCCAGGCAGCUUGGCCUUAAACUUAUUGCUAAUGUCACAUUUGGUUACACUUCUGCCAACUUCUCAGGACGUAUGCCCAGCGUUGAGGUAGGUGACAGCAUUGUGCACAAGGCCCGAGAGACUUUGGAGAGAGCCAUAAAGAUGGUCAAUGACACAAAGAAGUGGGGAGCACGUGUUGUCUAUGGAGAUACAGACAGUAUGUUUGUGUUGUUGAAAGGAGCAACCAAGGAACAGGCAUUUAAGAUUGGUAAUGAAAUUGCAGAGGCUGUCACUGCUACCAACCCUAAACCUGUCAAAUUGAAGUUUGAGAAGGUGUACCUCCCAUGCGUGUUACAGACAAAGAAGCGUUAUGUUGGAUACAUGUAUGAGAGCUUGGAUCAGAAAAACCCAGUCUUUGACGCCAAAGGCAUUGAAACUGUACGUCGUGAUGGCUGCCCUGCUGUUGCCAAGAUUCUGGAGCGAUCUCUGAAGCUGCUUUUUGAGUCACGUGACAUCAGCCAGGUGAAGCUGUAUGUGCAGCGGCAGUGUGCGAAGGUGCUAGAGGCCAAAGCCAGCAUGCAGGACCUCAUUUUUGCCAAAGAGUACCGUGGCAGUGGAUCGUACCGACCAGGGGCCUGUGUCCCUGCUCUGGAACUCACCAGGCGUAUGAUGGCGUAUGAUCGACGUUUAGAGCCACGCGUGGGUGAGCGUGUACCAUAUGUUAUUGUGUACGGGAUGCCAGGAGUGCCGCUCAUACAGCUGGUUCGACGUCCUGUAGAGGUACUGCAGGACCCCAGUCUACGCCUCAAUGCAACCUACUACAUCACCAAGCAGAUCUUGCCACCGCUCGCACGAAUUUUCAACCUGAUUGGAGUAGAUGUGUUCAGCUGGUACCACGAGUUGCCGAGGGUACAGAAGGCGUGGAGCUCUGUGAAUGGAGCGGGGGAGGAGAGCACAAGAAAAGGCACCAUCUCUCAGUACUUUACAACACUGCAUUGCCCGGUUUGUGAUGAGCUGACACAGCUAGGAGUGUGUGAAGGUUGUCGGGCUGAACCCCAACGUGUUGCUGUCCACCUACACCAAGACUUGUGGCUUUCGGAAAGCCAGCAAGACCAGCUCCUAAAGGUAUGUAGAAGUUGCAGUGGGAGUGCAGAGCGUCAGGUGCCAUGUGUCUCAUUGGACUGCCCUAUACUCUACAAAUUAUCUCGCGUUAAUCGGAAUCUUUCCCGAGGACCAUAUCUUCGCCAGCUGCUGGAGCAGUUCUGAUAGUCCAGCAGUCUGUCCACCUUUCAUUUUACUCUGGUGCUAAACACUGUGCCAUUCAGCACAAUUUUGUGUAUAAUUGUUUUAAAAGGUGCUUUUUUUCUAUGUGUCCUUGGAGAGUUUCCAUCUUAUACUGUUUGAUUUUGUGUGGUACUGCAGUGCAGUGGGACUAACGAGGCCUUAAAUACAGAAGAGGACGAUGAUUUUGAUGCACUGUGUUUGAAUUUGCUUGGUAGUUGUCUUUAGUGUUUAUUAAAUGGUUACAUUUCUGCAGAUUGACAGGUCAGACAUUUACAGAAUAAUCCUCUCUAAACUGAACCCUGUGUGCUGUAGCAAUCUGUAAAUGAGGGAGAUUCAGUUCUGACUACAAUUCUUGUGGAGAUAAGACUCCAGUGAUCCCACUCUCCCCCCAUUAGAUCAGUCUGUUGUAAAUAGACAGAAUUUUGGAUAAUCAUAUUCAAGGUUUAUGAACACUGAUUAAAAAAAAAAAAAUUCUAAAAUUUUUUUCACAUGUGUGUUCUGGGAUGUUUUAUGUCUGUCCAUUCUCUACAGAGGCAAGUCGGAGGACAAGCAAGUCAAUAUCAGCCUUAACGUAGACUUCUGCAAUAUGUUUGAUAAGUAUAUAUUGUCUGUGUGCAUAAUUGUUCUUUUAAAAUACUUUUCUAAUGCUCUCUCUACUUUAAAUCAGACAUUGUUACCGACCUAUGCUACCUACCAGAGCUACAUAACAUUUUUUACAGGUUUACAAAAACAGGUUAAGGUGCUUUGUUUUCUAAAGAACAUUUGUGGGUGGAGAUUUGAUAUUGAUAUAAUAAAAUUCAGUGUAUUUAACAAAUGUCUGUUUCAGUUAAAAUGGGUCCUUUGGUUUUUACAUCAUUUUUGGGUAUAUACUGCAAGCUUUACAGAUCGGUAUUGGAAAGGGUUUAAACAAUGUUUUUCAUACUUGUUCAAUGACCCAUAAGCAAUUAUUGACACUAACAAUUGACAGGCGAAAAUAAUGAAAAUAAAGUCAGUUAUAAUUAUAACUGGGGACAGUAAUGCGACAUUUCUACUGACUUUGAAAAACGCUAAAAAAGAUGCCUAGUGUUCCUGCAGUUCAAUGUGAGAGGACUUUGUUUCCUGAGUUUAUUAAAAGUAAAAAACUAAAUGUGCAAAAAUGAUUGUGGAAACUGGCAGCUGCUGUCUCUAAUCACGGCCCUGUCCAAACCCUCACUGUAGAACAUAUUUGAUAUUUAAAGUCAUGUUGAGCGAGACCUCAAACAAAUAAGAUCAAGUCAUGAUAAACAGGGCUACCCGAUAUGAGCAAUGGAAACGACUGUCACUUGAGGCUUGCCAGGACAAAACCAA